CUCCUUCCGUUCCCCGUUUCCUCCCUUUCCCCUCUCCUCCUCAUCCUCCCCGACGACGAGGCAAGCGCGAGCGCGAGGCGAGCCGCGGCGACCUAGGGUUUCGUCGCGCCUUCCUCCUCCCCUCCCCCGCCGCGGCCGUCGCCGGAGACGACAAGGUCUGCUGGAGUGCCAAUAAUGGAGCGGUCUUCUCGGUUGAAUCCAAACGCCACUCCCUUUGUGCCUCCCCCCAGGCCUUCAUUUGAAGAAAGCUUGAGCAAAAGAAAGGCCUCUGAGAAGCAAGUAGGUGAUACUGAAAAGGAUGAGAAUGCUGACAAGUCUGCUGAAUAUGAGCUCCCAGAUUCCCUUUCUUUGGAUGACUAUGCUGAAAGCCUAGGAAAGCUCAACAUUUCUGCAGAAUCUUCAUCAAAAGGAGAAGCUACAAACAGUGCGUUUGAUCCAUCACAGUAUGAGCAAAAUGGUGUUGAUAAUCAUCUUGCUGUGGUAGAAUCUCUCUCAAAGAUGUUCCCAGAUGUGUCUGCCGACUUCAUUGUUGAAGCACUGAAGGCCCAUGAAUUUGAUACAGAACUCACAAUCGAUAUGCUUGCUGAUCUGUGUGAAGGUGAUGAUUAUGGGCAUCCUGCUGAAGUGUCAGCGAAGUAGCAGCAGCAACGGCGUCGCUCUUCAUCUACCUUGGCAGAACAAUUACCCUUCAGCUACAUGUUAUUGAAGUCAUUCUUCUUGACAAUCAAGACUGAAUUUGGUGGUGUACAACUUAUUGCUGCUGUAAAGAACUCAGCCUUGUUUAGGAGCCAAAGCAACAAAGACCGUGUUUUGGGUUUUUAGUUCCUGGUGGAACAGCUAUUCUCAGUACUUUGAGUCUGCAUCAUGUUGAUGAUUUCACCCAGCAGUUUAUCGCGUGAUCUGUUGCAACCCUUUUGGUGUAGCUGUACCUCUCCUAGCUAAGUGUUCAGGAGCCAGCAAUCGCGUGCAGUUUUGCUGCAAGGCUGUGCUCCUACCAUGUACAUUCUGGUCUUGCUGCAUUCUGUGUAGGGAGAUGAACCAUUCCUCUUAUUCUGUUAUGAUGCAUUGUUUGAACAGAUAUCUCGUUCCAGUUAUUGAAUGGAGAUUUGGAGGCUAUGAUAGUCUUGGUUAUGACUUAA